CCUUUCAUUCAUAUUGCCUGAGCUCUGGUUUCCUUUUGUGAUUUGCACUUCUGCAGCUGAAGAAGCAGGUUUUAUAUUUAAACCUUCGAAAUAGUCCUACAAAUUUAUGAACAUUACGAUGAUUCUUGCCGCUUUAACUUCUCUAAUGUACGACAUAAACUUGCCAGGCUUACAAGGUGCCUGGCUUUAAAGGGCAGAUUGGAUUUAUUACUUCAAUGACCAAAAAUUUCUGCAGUUCAUGUAACCGCCUACGUAUUACUGCCGAUGGUAAUCUUAAGGUUUGCUUGUUUGGAGAAGAUGAAAUAUCAUUAAGAGAUGCACUACGACAAAAAUCUUCGAGUGAAACUGUAGAAAACAUCAUUUCAAUAGCAGUACAGGGAAAAAAGCAGCAACACGCAGGAAUAAAGACUAUUGUGCAAGUAUGCCAAAGUAUUUUACAUAUCAGAUGUCUUCCAUAUAGCAAAACCAAACUGCUCAGUCACAGUCAUUUUCUUAAUUUUAUGAAACAGUUUUGCACAUCCUCUAAUUUGAUAUUAACACAUAUAAAUAAUGAUGGAAAAGUUAAUAUGGUUGAUGUCAGCUCAAAAUCGCAAUCCAUUAGAACUGCUGAAGCUGAGGCUACAGUAUAUCUUGGUCCAAAAGCAUUUGAAUUAUUACAGCAAAAUCAAAUUAGAAAAGGUGACGUUUUAUCCAUUGCAAAUAUUGCAGGUAUAAUGGCAGCCAAGAAAACUAGCGAACUUAUACCAUUGUGCCAUAUUGUUAUCAUUGAUGUAAUAAAUUUGAGUAUGAGAUUAAAUGCAAGUAUGCAUGAAGUAAUAAUUAAAUCUAGUGUGAAAGCAGUUGACAGAACAGGUGUUGAAAUGGAAGCCAUGACCUCGGCUACUAUUGCAGCUCUGACUAUUUAUGAUAUGUGCAAAUCAGUAUCAAAAGAGAUUACAAUUAAAUCUAUCCAUCUUCUUACAAAAACUGGUGGAAAAAGUUCUUUUACCAAGAAUUAAACAAUAAUUAAAAUUAUUUUAUAUUUAAUU